AUGGUAAAAUUGGCAAGAAAAUUUCUCCUCCAUCACCCUUCCCCAAGAAAAUCCACAUUGGACCCAAAUCUUUCUAAAAAAGGUCUGCCAUUAGUUAAUGAAAUUGCUUUACUGACAGAUUGGGAAGCACCAUUCUCAGGAAGUUCGUCAAAACUUAAACCAGACACUCAAACUCAACUUCCACCUCUCAAAGAGAAUCAACUUUUCGAGACUAGAAGCUAUGUUGAAGACAAUUGUGCAUUCUGCCAAGUUUUACUUUCGGCAUCCCUACCAGGUGAAUCCAAUGUACUUUUAUCUUGUGAUCAUUUAUGUCAUGAACAGUGCUUGACGGUAAUGAUGGAUAAAACAGGAAUAAUUGAAAAUUUAAAGUGUGGAAUAUGCGAUCAAGAUACAAAAUGUCAGGAUGAAAAUGUCGUCAAAGACUUAAUGAAAAAGUGGAAAGAAGGGUCAGGGCAAGAAUAUCUAAAAGAAAAUAGUUUAUUGGACUUAAAAGUAACUCCUACGUUUGGACCCAUGGCGGAAUCAGAGUCAAUGCUCCAGGAAAUACCGGAAAUAGAAAAGAACCAUAAGAAUAUGACUGUAUAUUUCCCAAACAUAGAAUGCGCCUGUCAAGCAGACAAAACCUUAGACCAGGGCGAUAUCACUAAUUUUAAUUGUGUUUUCACUAUAAAAUCGCCAGAAGUUUACAAGAAGUCACCCAAUACUAGAGACGAAACAGAACUUAAGGAAAAGAUAGUAUCUCAUAUCAGAACCAAAUUCAAGCUCGCUUUUGAAAAUCUUGGAGACUUGCUAAUGUUUGAUAAAGUGGAAGUAAGUGUCACUGGAAGGGAAUGGGAUGAAGCAACUGCUUAUCUUUUUAACCAAUAUUUCCUUCUUUAUGACGAAGAGACGUUAGUAGGAGUUGUUUCACUCGAAGAUGACCUAACUACUGUCAAUGCAGAGGAUAGAAUGUUAACUCUUAAUUUAACAAAAGAAACUCUUCCUGAAUUGAGUGUUCGCUUUCCUAGCACAGUUAUUAGUGUCAAGUGGGAUUCAGCAAUUAAUCUGUUAAAGAACAAAAGCAAUAAAGUAAACUAUAGUUUAUUUGAAUUUUCAGGGACCUUCUGGAAAGAGUUUCAAGACAAAUUCGACAUUCCCGAAGAUUUGAUAAAGUUUACAGAUUUAGUAGUGAAUGAUAACGAAAUUCCAGAAGAAUAUCUCGCAAAAGCAUUACCAUGUCCUGAAGACCUUCCUUUGAAUCUAAUAGUUGCAAUCCCGUUAGUCAAUAGGACAGGACUUUCUGACCAAGAAUAUCAAGAUAAUGUUGUGUGUAUGAUUGAAAUGGUUCUUGAAGUCUUGCGGCCAAAAGAUAAACUUGGAGUAAUCUGGAUUGGAAUAAAUGGCCAAGGUGAGGCUAGCAAGAAAGGGGCCUUUACAGGAUGUAUCGAAUCUUCUUGGGACGGUUGGAGAGAAAUGAUUCAAAACAUUUCUGUUGUUGCAAAUUCUUUUAGGAAUAAUUUAGAAGAAUUGAAAAUUGCAUUUCAAAAGUGCUCAGAACUCUACCCAUUCAUUGAUGUCGAUAACAACAGUAUUAAAAAGUUCAUUAUAAUAAGUGGGAAUGAUUACUUAAGUGAUAGAAACACUGUUGCUGACAAAAAUUUGAUAAAGCUUGUGAACGAUAUGAAAAGCAAAAUAUCAGUUACAUUAAUAAGAAUAGGAAAGGUAACCAACAAGCCAAUAGAUAUUCUUCACCGAUUAUUAUCAAAAGACAUGAGCUUUGGAAAUCAUUUGCUUAUAUUCAAUUCAUUCAGGGAAAUGAUCAUUGACGGUGGUCCCUUAAUUCAAAACCAUUUCCAGAAGAUUUGCAUACCAGAAUUGUCAAUAGAAAUGGAGUUGGACCAACCACAUGUUAGUCUUAACGUCGAAGAAAGUGGUUUCCUUGCCGAGAAGGAAGGCUCAAACAAAAUUUGUAUAAGGUUGAAGGAUUUGAUACCUAAUUCCGAAAGGACUGUUUCUGUAGCCUUGACUCAUAACAAGAAGAAUCUUUCUCAUUGGGUAUCAAAGAAUCUUUUCAAAUAUCAAGCAACAUGGUUCAACGGAGAGAUACCUUCCCAGACUAUACAUGAAAAAGAUAUUGUCUCUGAAACUAAUCCUUCAAUUUCUUCAAGGUGUCAAGAUGGUAAAUCAAGGUCCAAUCAGAGUCUCCUGGUUCAAAAUUCUGAUGUCAUGCUUGAUAUCCCCUUAUUAGCAUCCUUAAACGAAUAA